GGUGAACGUGGAUUCCCAGGUAACCCUGGCCUUGAUGGUCGUGACGGUGUCCCAGGAGAGCCAGGUCUUGAUGGUAUGUCAGGCCGAAACGGUGCUGAUGGGGCUCCAGGCAAGGACGGAAGAGAUGGUGUACCUGGCAGAGAUGGUAGUCCAGGAAAGAACGGAAAGGAUGGAAAAGAUGGUCGAGCUGGUGCUCCUGGACCUCCAGGAAUGAGAGGACUAAAAGGUGACAAAGGACCAAUGGGAGCAAAGGGUCAGCGAGGCAAUGAUGGCCGUGAUGGAGCCCCAGGAAGACCUGGUCUUUCCAUCUACAACUAUACUUUGGAAAAGGAACUGUUUAUCCCACCUACUUUUGCUCAGGACCAAACCCGCGUGAUAGUGCGAGAAGGAGACACAAUGCGUAUCAGCUGCAAUCCCAUGGGACGACCAGAACCCACGGUUGAGUGGAGGAGGUACGACGGAACUGCUGUCAUACAGGGAUCAUGGCGUGAUGCAUCAGUGAGUGGUCAUGUGCUGAACAUUCCCAACGUGUCGCGUUGGCAUACUGGGAAGUACGUGUGUCUAGCCAACAACGGCAUGCAGCCUUCAGCCAACCAGACUACCGAUGUCGAAGUACAUUUCAGCCCUUACAUUCGGGUGCCAAACAACGUGGUCUAUGUAACCAACAAGACUGUGAAGAUUGAAUGUGAGAUCCAAGCUUGGCCAGAACCAGUCCUAGCUUGGGAAAUAGACGGCAUCACUUUGGAAGGACUUCGAUACAAAACCGAAGUCGCACCAACAGGGGAUCCAUGGCGAUGGAUCAUGAGACUAGAAAUCCCAGGAGUAAGGGACAGUGAUCUUCGUCAAUACAGCUGUGUAGCCAAAAAUGAACUUAAUAAUCAAACGGUUAAAGGACAUAUUAAGUUGAUGAAUCCAGGACCUCAUCACCAGCAGAUACCAGCACAACAGCCCGUAGAGUACGGCUCCCGGCCCCCUACCCUGACUUCCUACGAGGAGCUGUGCGAAGUCCAGAGGUGCCCCACGUGUCCGCGAUGUGAUCGCGCACAGUUACUCAUCACACCGAUGAACGGAACUGCCGGUCUUAAACCAAGAAGGAAUACCAACUGUCAACUCUACGCUAUUGGUAAGCCAGUGUAUCAUCGCUACAAAGAAGAAAUGUUCGGAGCUUGGCUUAGAGACUCCAACGGUUCUGAAGCACAGAGAGACAAGUUGUGGACCACUCAAGAGACUGAUGUGGAACGACUGCGUGAGUACAGGUCGAAGGCAAGCUUCAAAGCCGAUCACGUUGAUGAAUAUCACAAGCUGCAAAAGCCGUUCUUUGGUAAUGGCCACGUCGUAUACAGCGGUUCGUUCUUCUACCAGGCCAAUGAGUCUGGCCAUCCUGGCGAAAUCAUUCGUUACGAUCUCACCCAGAGCCGCAUUAAAUCUGUCAAGCUGCCUAAUGCUGAUGGCAGACUUUACACCACGCAACAUAAUCAGGUAGACUUCAGUGCGGAUGACAAUGGUCUAUGGGCGAUAUAUUCAAUCGAAUCGUCGAAUAACACCGCUGUAGCCAAGCUUAGCUUCGAUCCUAAUAAGGACGGCCUAAAUAUUGACUACAUCUGGAAUAUUUCAUUGAAUCAUAAGCAAGUUGGAGAAAUGUUCAUUGUAUGUGGGGUGCUGUACGCUCUGGACUCAGCAACAGAACGGGAGAGCAAGGUCUCAGUCGCUAUAGACCUGUACCUCAAUAAGCAGGUGGAGGUGGCCUUGCAGUUCACCAAUCCAUUCCGGAAGACUACACAACUUGGUUACGAUCAUAUGCAUAAGGAGUUGUAUUCUUGGGAUCGAGGGAACCAACUGACGUAUCCAGUGCGAUAUAACGAGCUGCCAUGA